AUGAAGGACGGAAAAUCUAAAGCAGACGACACGAGCACCGCGGCAACCAAGUCAGAAGAAACACUCCCAAGCUACAACAAGGAAGAAGAGGACGGCCCCCCAACAUACACAUCCGUCGCCCGCGCCUUAACCACCCUCUCAGAAGGCCCCCUCGACGAAACAAUCCCUGUUCCCAUGAUCUCCCGUACAGUCGCCAACUCCAUUCACAACUACAAUCCCUUCUCCCGCAAACAAGGCGAAGUAAAACAAUCCAUCGUUAUCCGGCAGAUGAAGCGGUCACAGUACCUUGCGCACUACGUCAAAGACGCAGAGGGUAAUUUUGUGGGUACGGGGGCGCCAGCACCGGAUGCUGGGUUGGUUUUCGUGCCUGGGAAGAGUAGUAGUGAGGAUUUGCUUAAACAGGCUAAUGAGGUGGCAUUGGGUGUGCAGAGGAGGAGGGGGAAGGGGAUUGGGAAGUUCGGCAUGCCGCAGGAUGAUAAUAGUGACGCGAUGAUGGGGGCCCCGGCGAUGGGUGGAGCAUGA